AUGACAACUAAUCUUCAAACUCAUAAUGCUUGUAACAAUAAAAUACAAAAUGCUGAAAUUUUGACUUUGACUAGCUUUGAAUUUGAAAGACCUUUUGAAGAGGAUAAUGAAAAUGUACUCUCAAAAUUAUUUCAACGUGUAAAAAGUUCUUUUAAUGUUUCUGGUGGUGAUAAUUCAACAACAACUUGUGCACCUACGCAAGUUAUGACCAAAAACACCACCGAGACCAUAAACAAUGCUACUCUUAAUAACAACAAAACUAGUAGUAGUAACGUAAUUUCCGCAAUUUCCACUAAUGCAAAUAACACAAUUAACAGAAACCAAGAAAAUGGCAAUAGUCCACCAACAAAACCUCCUUCACUUUUAUUGCCCGAUAAAGAAAACAAGGGUUUUGUUCAAGGUGCUACGCCUGCACCACCUGUCAUUUCUUUAGAAGCUGCAUUAUUUGAUAAUGCCCCUGCAUUUUUAUUAGAUUCAGAACUUAUGAUACAAGAUCAUUCAACCAAUUUAGAUGAUUCUAGCAGUUUAUUGUCCAACAAGUCUAGUACAUUAUUUGAUCAACAAGAUCAAGUCAGAUAUUUGAAUGAUGUAUCAGUAAGAUCACUUCAAACUAGCGCAUCACCAGUUAAUAAAAAAAAUUCUGUCAGUAAAGCUAUUCGCAGAAUACGUGGUGAGGGUGUCAAUAGAGAUUAUUGGAUGGCUGAUGAUACUUGUAAAGAAUGUUAUGAUUAUUCUGAUAUUGAAUCAGAUAUAAGACAAAGUGAUAAAAAUGAUUUCUCACUUAUGAUACCUCAAAGACAACUUCAAUCACCAACAACGUUGUCAGAUAAUUAUAAUGUCAUUAAUCCCAAUAAUUCCCAAUCAGAAUUUUCUUACUCGUUGGCGACAUCUUCAACACCUAGCCUUGUGUAUCAAGAAACUCCAUCCCCUGAUACAAUUUCAAUCAAUGACGGCUUCAAAAAAAUGAUUGUGGCUGGUUCCUCAUUGUUUAUGACAAGAUCUAGAUCAAACACAACCCUAGAUGACACUCCUGCACUCUUGCCAUCAUCCGCACCAUUUAGACAUAGUAUACCAGAAGAUAAAAUAACUCCUGCUGCAAAUCCUGAGGCUGUGUUGGAUCCUGACAUUGCUCCAUUCAUGAGUAGUGACGAUGAGGAUAACGUUAAUUAUGAUUCGCUAACCAACCAAUCUUAUCUUUCUGCUAAUUCGAAUCUUAAUAAUGGUAAUCAUGAUCCUGCUAUUCUGUCACCUACUGUUGAAGAAUAUGCUGGAAGCGACGAUGAAUAUUGCGAUUAUAACAGAUCGCAAGCGAAGAAUUUACAAAAACUUCAAAUUCACACAAAAGAUAAAAAUCCUCCUUUAAAUCAUAGAAGAAGUCUUUCUAUUACUCGUUCAACUCGUUCUUUGAAAAGAGGUGGUUUUCUACAAAUGGAUUCAAGACCUUCAUCACCUCUUAACAUUCGCCAUCACAGAUCAGCCUCAAUCCCUGUAAAAAUUGAAAUAAAUCCUGUUUCUCUGCAACACAUGAGACGAUUUUUACGUCAGUUUCUUCAAGAAUUUCAGAUAGAUUUAUCUGAAGGAUGGGAAAAUGUUAUAAUGAAAUUAAUGAUGAAAGUGGCCGAUAAUUUAAAUCCAAAUGUUCGUGGUGGUGAUGAAAUUGAUAUUCGUCAUUACGUUAAAAUUAAAAAAAUUCCUGGAGGAGUACCUCAAGACUCGGAAUAUGUGCAUGGAGUUGUGUGUACAAAAAAUCUGGCACAUAAAAAUAUGGCACGUUCUCUUCCAAAUCCUCGGAUACUCAUAUUAACUUUUGCCUUGGAGUAUCAUAGGGUUGAAAAUCAAUUGAUGUCUUUAGAUCCUGUGAUUGCUCAAGAGGAAGAACACUUAAAAAAUCUAGUUGCUCGUAUUUCUGCAUUGGCACCUCAUUUAGUCUUGGUUGAAAAAACUGUUGCUAGAAAAGCUUUACAGUUUUUGUUGGAAAAAAAUAUAUCUGUUGCAUUAAAUGUCAAAUCAUCUAUUAUAGAAGCUGUUUCUCGUUGUUCAAGAGCAGACACUAUAUCAAUUGAAAAGUUAAACAUGGCGCCAAAAUUAGGGAAAUUUGGUUCAUUCUCUGUUAAAACUUUUGUUCAUCAACUUAUUCCAGGUAAAAGAAAAACCUAUUUAUAUUUUGAAAAUUGUCCAAGAGAACUAGGUUGCACAAUAGUGUUGCGAGGUGGUGAUAUAGAUACAUUGAGAAAGAUUAAGCAAAUCACCGAUCUUAUGGUUUUUGCGGUUUACAACCUUAAAUUGGAAGCAGCUUUGUUGUCAAAUCAAUUUGCAAGAUUAAAUUAUGAUCUAAGUUUAGCUGAUGGAAAAAAUGAUGAUGAUGACCAUGAAAGUAAAUACAUUGGCAUUUUAAAACAGACACAAAAUAUUUUAAGACCAUAUGAAACUAAAAUUUUUUCAGUAUCGCCAUUUAUCAAAUUUCCUCCUCCUUAUUUGCUUACAAAAAUGAUACAAGCUGAACGUAAAUUGGCAAGUUUAAACCAGAAACGUACUUCAGGAUGGCAAUCUAGUUCUUCGAAAGAUAAUGAGAAAUCACAUUCCUCACAACCAAGUAGUGGUAUUCUACGUACACAAGAACAAGUUUGUGCCGAAGGAGUAUUUAAAGAUGCGUAUCUUGAACAUCAAUAUCAGUCUGAAGCAUGGGAAAGUUAUAAAUUUAAUAAUGUUGCUAGUCCCUAUGCCCUUCAAAAUAUCACAAUACUAUUUACGAAAGUUUGUGAAGAAACUCAGAAACCAUGUAUAGGACCUGAAAUUUUGGUCAUGGAAUAUUACAGAGAAUCUGAUCGUACGCUUGGUCAAUAUAUUGAAGACUUGUUUACCAAAUAUGAUUAUCUUUGUCAAAAUUGUGAUAAGCCAAUGUUCCUACACCAUCAAAGUUUUUGUCAUGGAAAUGCCAGAAUCACUGUGCAUCUCAUGGAAUAUGAAAAUUUAGGACACCAUCAUGAUAGACACGAAAAUUGUAUUUUAACAUGGAGUUAUUGCAAAAAAUGCGAAAAAUCAACUCCAGAAAUUCCAAUGUCAGAAGAUGCAUGGAAGUACUCAUUUGGAAAGUAUCUUGAGUUAUCAUUUUAUCAAACAGAAUUAAAAAGUCGCAACGAAAAUUGUCAGCAUGAUGUAUUUAGAGAUCAUGAUAAAUGUUUUACAUUCAAGAAUUUAGUAAUAAAAUUUGAAUAUGAAGCUAUCAAGUUAAUGGAAGUAUAUUCACCACCACCUAUGCACCUAUAUUUUAAACCUGAAGCUCUCAUUCGGCUAAAGAAUCAGGAUUUAGAUACAGUCCGCAAUAAGAUUACAAGUUAUUGGGAUUCUGUAGCCGAUCGAAUCAAAAACUUCGAUUAUGAUCUUGUUCAACCAGAUAAAUUUGAACGUUGUAAAAGAGAACUAUUAGAAAUGUCUAGAAGAGUUGUAACUGAAAAGAGAGACACGUUACAAAAACUUCAACAAACAUAUGUGAAUAGCUUGCCUGAGGAUAGAUUGGCAUUGAACAAAGUAAUAUAUCUGCUUCAGGAAAGAGUGACGGCUUGGGAUGAAGAUUUCGGCGAAAUUUCAAGACAAUACUUUCCUCGAUUAACUACAAGACAAUUAAGAAGGUUUUUUGAGGUCAAACAAUAUGUUGUGCCAUUGGAACGUGGUUAUCCUGGCUCGCUUUUGAAUGAUUUGCCAUUGAUAAAUAUGGACACAAAUGAUAUUGAUAGAACGGAUGAAGAAUUAUUGAAACCAAUAAUAUGUCCAAAAUUGAGCAGCUCUCCCACUAGUGAAUUUUUAUUGAACGAGACAAAGGAUAUUGAAUUGUAUCAUGAAGGUGAAAUUGAAAAUUUGGAAAAUGAUAUCGAAAAGGUCAAUUCACAAAGUUCAAUGUUUCCAUUCAUGGAUCCUAAAAUUUCAAGACGUUUAUCAAUGAAAUGGAUGAAAGAGUCUAAAGCUUCUCAACCAUCAAAAAAAUCAAAAAAUACAUCUGAAUCAAUUUUCACGUCAAUAAUUGAUAAACAAGAGGAUUCGCAACUUGAGAUUGAGUUCACGCAAGAGCCAGAAGUAAUCCCACAACUGGUCCCUUCAACAAUAAGAAGAAAAAAGAAACCAACACAUAAUACCGCUUUCACUAUGUUUGAAAACACGAAAGAAAAUGUAAACACACCUGUUUUUAAACCAAUUGGACCACUUACACCAUCUACACCAUCAAUAUCAUCAUCACUUUUCCCUCCAACGCAAACUUCUUCAUUGCCUGUUCAAGUAAAUCAAACCUCGCUUCGUAACAACAAAGAAACCAAAAAGGUUCAAUAUGAUCGCCUUGCGCUAAAAAGGCCAACACUAAAGAAAAAUCAAAAUUUACUACCUUCAGAAAAAUCAACAACUACACAAAGCAGCAGCAGUGGAAAAUACACCAGACCUUCAAUUAAAAAUUUGCCUCCAGGAACUUUUGAUAGUCGUAAUAAUAAUAAUAAUGAUAAGAAUCGAAAUCAUAAUAGAAUAGGAGCAUUACAUAAAUCUAGACCACUAAGACAAACUAUCCUAAAAUCAAAGCCUGUUAUUGAGAUAUUCCGUAAUGUUAAUGCGGCAACAGCAGAAGAAUCAGAUGAAGAGUUUGAGAAGGAAGGAGCAGACAAUAAUCGUGAAAAAUUUUUGGAGGACAGAUAUCGAAUUUUUUCAUUGAACACUACAGAUGCCUUUGAUGAAUUAUUGGGAAAUGAAGAAUAUUUUUCGAUUCCUACUCGUGAAGCAUCUGAUGAAUCAUACAUUUAUCAUUCAGCUUUGGCAUUUUUAGGUCCAGAAUUUAACGAACCUUCUACUCAAGCGUCAGAAGAUCAUCAGGACCUUAGUCACAACAAUCCUGGAGUAGUGAUGCCUUUGAUGAGAUCUCUCACAAACUUUUUAACCGAUAGGAAAACCUUUAAACCUUUAAAAUAUCCUCUAAAUCCAAACGAGCAUGUAUUUCCCGAUUCCUCAAUUAUUUUCAGAGAAGAUGAACCUGGGUCUAUUAUUGCAUUUGCUUUAAAUUCACAAGAAUAUGAAAAAAAAUUAAAAUCUAUGCAGUUAAUAAACCAAACUAAUGAAACAUUUAUAACAGAAGAUGAGAAAUUUGGUAGUAGAAGUUCAACUUGGGGACUUUUAAAUGUCGAUGAGAGUGCUAAUUUUGACGAUGGUUUAACUUCACAUAUGAAAUUUCAAUUUUCGGAUAGAUCUACAAAAUUUUUUUGUAAAAUAUUUUGUACAGAAGAAUUUCAUAAUUUACGUCGAGAUUGUGAUUGUGAAGACACAUAUAUACAAUCACUUGCACGAUGCGUUAAAUGGGACUCGUUAGGUGGUAAAUCAGGAUCUGCUUUCUUAAAGACACGAGAUGAUCGAUUGAUUAUGAAACAAAUGUCUCGUAAUGAGAUGGAUGCUUUCUUGAAAUUUGCUCCAAAAUAUCUUGAAUACAUGUCAAAAACUAAUAAAUCAACUGUUUUAACAAAGAUAUUUGGGUUUUAUCGUAUUGGUUAUAAAAAUGAACACACGGGAAAAAGCAUGAAAAUUGAUGUUAUUGUUAUGGAAAACUUAUUUUACGAACGCAAAAUUUUUGAUUUAAAAGGUUCAAUUAGAAAUCGACGUAUUCGAAGUACUGGAAAGGAAAAUGAAGUUUUAUUGGAUGAGAACUUACUUGAACUCAUUAAAAACGAAAAUCCAAUAUAUCUUCGAGAACAUGCUAAAAAUUCACUUCGUGAAUCACUUAAUAAUGAUACAACAUUUUUGGCAGAACAUAAUGUUAUGGACUAUUCACUAUUGGUUGGUUUUGAUGAUGAUAAACAGGAAUUGGUUGUUGGAAUAGUUGAUUUCAUAAGAACAUUUACAUGGGAUAAGCAAUUAGAAAGUUGGGUAAAAGAAGCAGGAUUUUUAGGUGGAGGUGGUAAAGAACCGACUAUUAUUUCGCCUAGACAAUAUGGAAAUAGGUUUAAAGAAGCAAUGGAAAAAUAUUUUCUUAUGGUGCCUGAUAGAUGGAUUGACUAUAGAACACUUGAAAAAUUUGAUACAAUUUUUUAA